CCACACAGCAGCACUGGGAGACAACGAUCAGCCUUUCCCAGAAAGGCCUAUUCCUGAGUUAUAAGCCGGGCAACGUGGGGAGUGCCGCCUGGUGCGUGCAUCCUGCACCUCUCACCUGGUUUCAUCAGACUGCACCCUAGCCGCAGGUCCUGGUCCUGGUUACAAGUUACCAGUGGUUCUGAGUUGAGAGCCAUUCGGCUGCCGUCCUGCUCGGCGAUCAUUGAGAAAGGCACAUCAGGGCGACGUCCGGGCGCUCGUCUUCCGACGCACGUCGUGUGCCUACGCUCAUUGUACUCCUAGUGCACGGUGCAUUUGUCAGACAGGGAAUGAGCCAUUCCAAAGCUGCAAGCGCCUGACGCCGCUGUCGAGCCUCCGGCCGCGUUGAGACACUCGCGCCCACUUGACUAGACGUCAAGCCGCAGCGGUUCUCCCGUGUCAAAACGAGACACAGCAUCGCCAGGCGCCAGUGCGAAUACAACCCAGCGCUCCGAGACGCCCUGAGGCAUCCUCGCAGGGAGCUCACAAGCGACGAUGGCUCAGGCCUUGCGUUGCUCGACGCCGCUGGCCCUCUCCGUCACCAGCGUCGUCGCCGCUGGAACCCAGAGAGGCCAGGGCGAAUCAAGACCAGCUCGUUCGCGUUCGUUCGCCAGCUUAGCCGCGCCGGCACGCUUCUCGUCAUGCCGAUUCGUUGGCGGGUGCCGCCCCGUCGCACGUCGACGCAUCCACGUCAGCUCCGGUCAUCCGGUUGCUUCCUGGACGCAACCGUCUCAUGCGCAGCGGAUCGUUUCUUCGAUAAAAGCACGCGCCGACACGGUGACUGUCGACGAGCCGUAUAGCGAAGCCGCGGAGGCGGAGGAAGAGGGCGGAAAUAAGGCACGGGAGCCGACAGAGGAGGCGGGAAAGGCGGGGAUUGCGGGGGAGACGCGCGCGGAAGAAGAAGGGGGAAAGGCGGAGGCGAGCGCUGCUAGUGGCGCAAAGCUGAGCCAGGCGACUCUGAUAUGGCGCGCCGUGAAGCUUCCCAUCUACAGCGUCGCUCUGAUUCCGCUCAUGAUUGGUGCGUCGGCAGCGUACCUGCAGACGGGCGUCUUCCACGCCGCCAGAUUCGGCUCCUUCCUGCUUUUCUCCGUCCUCGUUAUCGCGUGGCUCAAUCUAAGUAACGAUGGCUUCGAUUCUUUCACCGGCGUCGAUAAGACGAAGCCAGAGUCCGUGGUCAACCUGACGGGCAGUCGCUUCCGAGUGCUAGCAGCAGCCUUUCUUCUCCUGGGAAUUGGCCUUGCAGGGAUCAUCUCAGGGGCGGCUGCAGUUGCGGAUCCACGUGUCGGAUGGCUACUGGCUGCCUCAAUCGCCUGUGGCUAUGUGUAUCAGUGCCCACCGUUCCGCCUGAGCUACAAGGGCCUCGGCGAGCCGCUCUGCUUCUUCGCCUUUGGGCCUUUAGCCACCACUGCCUUCUACCUGCACCAGGCCAGCAACCCCGGGGCGCCUGCAGCCCUGUCACCCGCGGUGCUGGCAGCAUCGGUGCUGGUGGGCAUCACCACCACGCUCAUCCUCUUCUGCUCGCACUUCCACCAGAUCGACGGUGACCGGGCCAAGGGCAAAAUGUCCCCUUUGGUGCGCCUGGGUACAGCCAAGGGCUGUGAGGUGGUGCGCGUAUCCGUGCUGUCCCUCUACGCCCUCUCCGCUGCCUUUGUUGCUACGGGGGUCCUUCCCUGGACCUGCCUGCUUGCCGCAGCCGCCACUCUCCCCAUCGGCCGCAUUGUUGUUGACUUCGUUACGUCGCACCACCAGGACAAGGAUACCAUAUUCAUGGCUAAAUAUUUCUGCGUGCGCCUCCACAUUGCCUUAGGUGUAGCUCUCACGGCAGCCCUCUCCCUGGCACGUAGAUUUGUACUGCCAAUGUAAAUACGGUUUUGUUGUCAUGCAUCUCAAGAUAACGAAGUGAACUAGAAUGGGUAGUACAGGGUAGUUUUGUGCUAGGUGCUGUACUCUAUGGCAUGCACCUAUCUAGCCUAUCACAAUAUAUAUCAAUACGUUGA